CCACCGGAACGUUUGCAUACCAAAAAAUCCCUAAUAUACACGGUGUUAGAAAUAAAAGGGAAAAUAUUGUAUUUCUAAAAGAUUCCAAUCUCAAUAGAGGCACCUCUUUACGCUCUUCCUAUUCAAUGCAAACCUAGGUCACGGCUGCUAGCGAGUUCCGCCAAAAAAAAGUUGUUUGUUUUUUUGGGAGUUUUGUUUGCAAAUCUAAUUUUCGUUUCAAAAACGGUUCACGGGGUUUUCGAAAAUUAUUGUGAAAUCUCAAAAAGAACUUUUUGUCAUAUCAUAAUCUUUUGAAUUUUUGUACACAAAACCAAAACCAAAAAAAAAAUAUCUAAAUCAUGCGACAAGGCCGCGCCAAACUAUGAGUGAAUUAUAAAAAUAUAUAAAUACCUACCCUUGUGUCUGUAAAUAUGAAUGUAUAUUCAUUUCGAAAGUGAGACAACAUAAAUUAAAAUUUAAAUUAAAUUAAAAAAGAAAAAUUGUUUUAAUAAUCCUUGUGCCAAAAAAAAGUUUGAUAAAAAUUUUGUUUUCGUUUUGUUUGAGUGCCAACUUCUGGGAGAAAUAAUCUCACGCGAAAAACUUCUAAACAAAAUGAAUUACCCAUCCUGUCGUCUGCGUUCUUAAGUGUUUUUUAUUUUGCUUAUGGUUUUUUUUUCUAACGUCGACGCGACGCGACUACGACGCUAAGGUUUUACAAAAAAAUAUUAACAAAAUUAAGAAUGAAAACGUAAUUUUUGUUAUAGCUUGAUAUUUAUUUUUUGUUUUUAAUUUAAGAAGAAAAAUGAAAAUGUUUCCGUUAGUCUCGGUUCGGAUUCGUCGAUGAGAUUUUUUUGAGUGAUUGUGGAAUUUAAGUUUUUAAUGUUAGAUUUUUGAAAAAAGUCUCAUGGCCAUUAAUUAGUCUGGUUUGAAAAAUUUGAAUAUUUAUAAAAAGUUAUAUAAGAAAAUCUUCGACAGAAAAAAGAGUGAAAGUGAAAACACAACCUUGAAAGUUUGAAAUAAUAAAAUAGAAAAGAUCGUCCUUGGAAUGUUUGUUAAUAGUACAGCUAGAUUGGAAAUUCAUCGCGAGUAUAACAACUGAAUGCAGACAAAAAACAUCCUCUCUAAAAAGGACAACAUUCAUUUACCACUCAGCCAGCAGUCCACACUGACUGCACCACACACGUCUAUAGUGCAGUUUUCUAUUUUUUUCAUCAACUUUGCGGACAAAAUCGGUCGUAUUUUGAAGGUUUUUCCAUUUCACAAUGCGGAUAAAGAUUGAAAUUUUCCUGAGUGCUUGUAUGCCAAACAACGAACGGUUCGUCAGUCAUUCUUUAUCUAUUGAAUCGCUCAACUAAACUAGACACACUAUUAAGAGGCUGUCCAUCAUUUGAAGUGGCAACAAGAGAAACAAUUUCAUCAAAAACACAAACACACAGCCCUUCAGAAUACCGAAGAACUAAAAGGACGAAAAGCCAACUUGCAUAAAGAGAGCUUCGAAUAUCCUUUCAAUUGAAAGGAUCAAACGGCCAGAGACUGGAAAUGAAUUACCACUGCUGGAAAGGAGCAUCUUCAAAAGUGUCAUCAGUUGUUGUGUAUCACAGCUGUUGUUGUAGUUGUAGUAGGAGUAGCAGCAAUAGCCAUUGUUGUUGUUGGGACCGCAAUAAAUUUGCGUUGAACCAAAUUGACCGAAACAGACGAUCUGAAGGAGACAAGUCCUUACUUCCUUAUUCACAUUCUCAUCAACAACUACAAGUACUUCAAAAGGACGACAACAACCAAUACCGAAUAGCCAGACGCAACGUGUCAUCGUCCUUGGCAUCGGCAAAGGCAGCGUCGUCGUUGUUGUGUCUUCGAAAAAAUAACAUAAAUGAGUGGCAAGUUCCGUGCUGAUGAGAGUAGAGGUAUCCGUUUUUGCAUGGCCCAUUACUCACAGGACAACAGCAACGACAACGAGGAAGUCUCAUGCACAAUCAACUUUCAUCAACGUUAUUCUACUAAUUCGUUUGCGUUUGUGUUAGCUAAGUACAGUUUUUUUUUAAACACACAUCAUCUACCUUAUCAUCGUUUGCAAAGUGCGAGCAUAGCCAUAGAACGAGUUAUCCAUUCAAUCGCCCUACCGACAAAGAGGACUUCUCUAAUUAGAAGGCUGUGGCAGGAAAAAAUACCGCCUAGCCUAAGACGAUUAGUUCAAAGGAGCAAAGUCAUUUCAGAAGCCAUCACUCACAGACAAACACUACCACCUUCGUCUCGUCCUCCACCACCUUCACGUUUUUAUCAUCGCUUUUGUCAGCUGUAACAAAAGUUUUCGGUUGCUGCUUUUGCUCCUAUUUCUGCUGCUGACAAGUACGAAUACGAGUACGAGUUGGAGUAGAGUAGUAUCGGCCGACAAUGAAGUUCAGGUCAAAUUGCUGUUGUUGGUUAACGUUGCUGUUAGUUGGAUCAAGUAUAAUUUCCGUUUCACCAAACAGCUCAACAACUGCCACAACAACAUUUCAAAAGUAUCAUCGCCAACAAUCAAUUUACAUUCAAAAUACUCGAAGCAGUACAGGUCUCCUUCCGACAACCACAAAUAAAUUUGAGUCCUUAGAAAAUUACCUCUUUGCUUCAACUACAAUGUCACCGCAAGCAGGACUCUUCCUUUCACAACAUCAAUACCAACAACAGCCACAAAAACAACAACAACACGAAGAACAACAAAAACAACUACAACAAAUACCUGGAAGUUCGAUGUCGUCGUCGUCAUCGUCAUCGUCGUCGUCGGUGCAACAAAUGGUAACAUUCAUAACAACUCCAGCAUCCCCAAUAUCCACAAGAAUAUCGUCAUCAUCAUCAUCAGGAUUGUUGUCUUCAUCUUCGUCGUCGUCGUCGUCGUCUCUAUCGUCAUCAUCAUCAUCAUCCUCGAUGCCAGCAAAAACAUCAGCAUCUGUAGAUAUAAAUUCAAAUUCAAUCAGGAGAAAGAGAAGAAUCCCUAGUAGCAGCAGGAGUGUCGAUGAUGAUGAUGUUGAUAGUAGUUCGUAUUCUUCUUCUGUGACCGGAGCAAUGGUGCAUCAUCAUUAUCCGGUACAAAACCCGACUGAAUCAUAUCCUAGCAUGUUCUUCCAAAUGAAUGCAUCCCUAAAGGAGCAUCAGCAAUAUCGAGGACAAAUAUCAUCAAAUAACAUUAAACGUUCGAAACGUGAUGACGUAAUGAACGACGAUACCGGUAUGGAUAAGUGUCAUACGUUUGUUGUAGGCGAACCUGAACAGAGUUUGCUAUACAGUCCGGAUUAUCCGAAUGACUAUCCGAAGAAUAUCAAUUGUACAAGAAUAAUUGAAGCUCCAAAAGGACAGCUGAUACGAUUGGAUUUUCGGAAUUCGUUUAACAUUGAAAAUAAGGAAGAUUGUAAAUUUGAUUACUUAGAGAUACGUGACGGACCCUAUGGGUUUUCGAACUUAAUUGGAAAGUAUUGCGGUGAGGACUUUCCACCAAUGAUCACAUCAAAAGAACGACAUCUCUGGUUACAUUUUCAUUCUGAUGAAAGCAUUGAAUAUUCAGGAUUUACUGCUGUCUAUGAAUUCAUCGAUCGACCAAAGGAGGCUAUCAGUACAGAAUUGAAUUGUACAUUGGAAAAAGAUGGUUAUGAAGGAUUCAUAAAUUCAACAGACGUUCCGGAAUACGUGCAAUCGAAUGUCACAAAAUACAAAAUACCACUCGAUUGCAUGUGGAUCAUAAGGGUGACAGAAGGAUGGAAGAUUCAAGUAAAAUUUCUUCAAUUUAGUUUGAACAAACCCAACGAUUGUGAAAUAAAUUUUAUUGAUAUAUUUGCAAAAGACACAAAUAUACCCUCUAGGGUUAAGAACUUUUGUGGUUCGACAGGAGAACCCGUAGCAUCUGAAUCGAAUAUCUUACACAUUAGAUUUUAUGCCGAACAAAUAGCUAUCAAUUCAUCGUUUAGUAUUUUAUAUACAGCCUUCAGGGAUAAAGGAACAGGUUGUGUUGCUGAAGAAGAGUACGAUUGUGAAGAUGCAACAUGUAUAGCAGCUAAUUUAAAAUGCAACGGACGAGCAAAUUGCAAAUUUCGUUGGGAUGAAGAAGCUUGUGAGAAUAAAGAAGCCCAAAUGUCAGAGCACCUUCAAAUCAUAAUCGUUGUGUUUGGAUUAAUCCUAGGCGGUAUGGUUGCGACAUUCGUUUGGAAUUGUGUACGCAAAAUUAUGAGGGAUCAAAAGAUCAUCAGGGAACAUAUCCGACAAUCGAAAGAGAGUAAACUGGAUGAGAUGGGGCGUUCUAGGUCCCGUUCAAAACAGCGUUCGAGAGAUAAUGUAUCAGGGGUUCUGUCACCGCGACAAAAACACUCACAGACCUCGCUUCAAAUCCUUGAUGAUGUUUCGCAACGCUAUUACCGGGAGGCGGUACCCAUUUCAGUACAGACUGGCAAAACCGAUUUAAAGGACCACAGUAUCCUCCGUCAUCAUCAUGAUAUGGUUGUGCAAACGAGCCUUUGCGAUGACUCAUCUACUCCUGACCGUGGAAUCAUAACUGGUGUUGGCGGUGGUAACGUCUGUGAUAUGGGUUGUCAGACACGAGAGUCGUUGUUUCAGCCACAACUGGCGAGGCAAAAAUCGAUAACUUCCUCAUCGCCGAAUCAGUCCACGGCAGCAGCUAUCCGCUUUUCAACAUUCGGCUACGAUGUCCCACCGCCUCCCUCUCAUGGGGGUGGCCAGAAAUCCGGCACCUUAUCCCGCCAGAGCUCAAUAAACAAUCACCCUGAGAGCAUCGAACUGGAAGAACGGCUCCGAACCGCUUCGCAUAAUUCACAGCAUCAUUACAGUCACACCCACGGUCACAUGUACAGCACCAGCUCUGGAGACCCUGCCCAGGCGCCUGCAAUGCGUCCACCUCAAGAAAUGUGCCACCAUCAUCAUCAGCAUCAACAGCACUUGCAGAAACAUCAAAUGCAGCAGUUGCAGCAGCAGCCUGUCUCGAAUACCGGAACGAUAGGCGGUCAUCAUCAUUCGCACCAGGCGGCGCCACCUGGUGUUAAAACAGGGAGUAGUGUCGGCACUACCGGUGGCGGGGGAGGGGGCAAACACCAUAAGCUCGAUGAAACAUCGAAGGUUUUCAUUGACAUCAGAAACUCAGCGCCGGAUGUGAUAAUCAUGACGUCCCAUUGACAAUUAAGGAAACGUCAACAGUUUUCUUGUGGCCAUUGUAGAUGUCGCUGUUUGGCAGAUAAACUUGUUACUGACUCGUGUUCGAUGAGAAGGACAACUAUGACGAUGAUGACUACGACGACGACGAAAACGAGAACUAGGGUGUCUGCUACAACUACAGUGACAUCGGCAUUCGCAUCGACAGCAACAGUGACAACAACGUUGACUGCUCGACUAAAUGCAUCAGUUGACCUCAUCAUCACAUGGUGGUACAAUAAGGUUGUGAUGCUAAUGCAAAGGGUCCCGCUUGUUUAUUCAUUAUCAACAAUGGCAUGGACGGGAAGGAUAAAUUCAGCCUUACCUAUAAUAUAGCAAAGUUCAAAAUGGCAUAACGUCACGACGACGACGACGAUGACAAGGUAUAAAGAUUGGUGCUGUCAAGCCGACUACAACUACCUAUCCUAAAAUCCAUUUUGCUUGUGAUGUCACAUUUUGUUGGGAAUGGUAACCUAUGAGCUUCUGACACCUGACACUUCUAACUUGGGAUACUAAUAUCCAGGGUCGUUACUCGUUAUAUUAUGGAAGCUAACAGUGUAAAUACGUAAUGUGUAAAUUUACUUAGGCUAUACUCGUAUAGGUAUAUGUAUGUAUUAUGCUAGGUCAAUAAAUUCGAGAGAGUACUUGA